AAAUUUCUUGUGAGUCGAUCAAUAAAUUCUACACAUAUUUUCUUAAAAGUUGUCGAGUUUGAAGAGUAGCAAAAGUUCUUCAAAAAUGCCACGAUGGGUGAGACCAGAGGUUUAUCCUUUGAUGGCUGCGAUGACGUUUGUGACAGGCAUGUGUGUUUUUCAACUUACUAGAAAUGUUGUCAUGAACCCUGAUGUGAGGGUGAAUAAGGCUCAUCGUACGACAGCUGUGCUUGAAAAUCAAGACGAGGGUAAAAAAUAUGCUGAACAUGGUCUACGAAGGUUUUUACGUACAAGGCCACCGGAGGUCAUGCCAAGUGUUAACUCAUUCUUCUCUGAUACCAAAUAGACAUCGAUUCAACUUCCUUCAGAGCGAAAUAUUGUUGUGGAUUAUUUUGUCACUAUUGAUUUGUAUUUUUAUUGCUAUAUGUGUGUAUUUCCAUUAUGAGUCAUGAGAUUUAGCCUUGUAUGAAUGCGUGA